CACACAGACGCGGAUGACGCGCUCCCCACCGUUCUCCGCCAUCUCCGUCCGCACAACCACCAAAUGCCACCAUGCGCGGCGGCGCUCCUCCUCCUCCGCCGCCUCUCCACCCGCCCGCCCCUCCAGGAGCAUCCCAAACUCGCUGCUCUGCUUGACGUCCUCAACCCACCGCCGACUUCCUCCACUCCGCUCCCGCACGCGCUCUCCAGAGCCCUCCCGUCCCCCUCCGACGCCUUCCCUCUCCGCACACUGCCCCACCUCCUCCCGCGGCUCCCCUCCCCGCUUCUCUCCCUUCGCUUCCUCCUAUGGCGCCUGACCGCCUCCACGCCUCUCCCCUCCCCGCAUGCUCUCUCCUCACUCGCCACCUCUCUUCCCGACCUCUCCUCAUCCGUAUCGCUCCUCCUCUCCUCCUCCCCACAGCCCCUCCCACUCCCACAUUACGCCCUCCUACUCAACCUCUCGACUCACGCCGGACUCUUCCCCGCCUCCCUCGCCAUCCUACGCCACAUGCGGUCCUUCGGCCUCGUCCCCGACGCCGCCUGCUUCCACCAUGCCCUUCGCGCAGCGGGCUCUGCCGCUGAUGUCUCCGCCGUGCUUGAGAUCAUGUCCGGGUCCAGCGCCUCUCCGACCGUGCCUGUGAUCGUGACCGCGGUGCAUAAGCUGGCGUCCGCUGGGAAUUUCGAGAGCGCCCGCCGGCUGAUCGACAAAAUGCCGGAGUUCGGCUGCGUGCCCAAUGCUGUGGUUUACACCGCGAUGCUCGAUGGGAUGUACAAUUUCGGGAACUUGGAUGGUGCGGUGAGGUUGAUCGAGGAGAUGGAGGGCAGUGGGUUGGGUGCAAAUUGUGCACCGAACGUGGUGACCUAUACAUGUUUGGUGAAAUGCCUCUUUGGGAAGGGGAGGUUGGCAGAGGCGCUUGGUGUGCUGGAUAGGAUGGUAGGUAGAGGGGUGAUGCCAAACCGGGUUUUUGUGAUGACACUCCUCGAAGGUGUCUGCACGGAGCGGAGGGUGGCCGAUACAUAUAAUGUGUUCGAGCGCGUGGUUGGUGAUCGGGGCAUGUCGAGUCAGCAGUGCUACAAUGUUCUACUUAUUUGCUUGUGGAGGGUUGGCAUGACAGCUGAAGCUGAAGGAUUGGCACAAAGGAUGAUGAAGAAAGGGGUGCAGUUGUCCCCGCUUGCUGGCAGUUUGAUGGUGAGGGAGCUCUGUACAAGGAAGAGGUCGCUGGAUGCUUACCACUGGUUGGGAAUGAUGGAGGAGAACGGUGUGCUGUGUGACUCUGACGUGUAUGGAACUCUGUUGCUUGGUCUGUGUGAGGAAGGGCAUGUCCAUGAGGCAUCAGCAUUGGGGAGGAAGGUUGUCGAGAGAGAGAUCCACAUAGAAGCAUCUUGUGCUGAACGUUUAGCGGAGUUACUGAAGCAAUAUGGUGAUGAGGAGCUAGCAUCUCAUUUAUUAGGAUUGAAACAGUGCCCUGGAGGGCUGUCAUUUUAAGCAAUGCGCGAUUCUGCCCAACCCUCUGCAUGAAGCAUGUCAUGGUUAGUCAUGGGGUGUGCCAAGAAUAGUGGGGAAUUUGCCUGAGAACAGAUUUAGCCAAAUGGCUUAGUGCAGUCAAAAGUUUACUUUUGUUGAAUAAAACAUGAAACAUAAUUCAACCGAAGUGCUGCUGAACUACUUGCUUCUUUUGUACAAAUUUGCUGAAGAACAUGAUGCAGAUCCAGAGGACACUUGGCGUCAAGUAAACUACCAUUUUGAUCACUUCUCAGGUAGAUGACAUGCUUGGACAAGUGCUGUGCCUGUCAGUCGAACGUUUUAGAUAUGUUUCAUGUACUGUAAUCCGAGGAAGUUAUGUACAACGUUGCUCGAGUCAUUUAACAUGAUACGUGCCCAUAAACACCUACCCUGACAUGCUGUAACGUUUUCCUGUUACUCAGUUUUUUGCUGCCCCCUUAUCCAAAGAACUGAAAAUAGAAUUUACUUUCUCAUUUUCUUCCAA